UAAAAAUUGUAAUGACAGCGCCUGUAAACGAAGGCUUUCAAUGUCAUGUAAAAAAUAUUAUUUUUGGCAGUUAUAAUUCAGGGUAAAUAAUUGAGAUAAAUUUAUUGUUGGCCUAAACAGUUACACUUAAAACAAUAUGUAAUAUACGCAAUAUUCAUCGUGAACACAAAUAAAGAACUAAAACCUAAAAAAUGGCAACCACAAAUGCGAUGUUCAUAUUUGAAGUGGUUGUCGAAAACGUUAAAAGUAUGGUUGAAAGCCGGCUUUUGGUAAUUAAAAGUGAUUUCGCUAAUAUUUUUUCGUUGGAACUAAAAGACCCUAAGCAAAUGCAUAUAGUUAUGCCAGAACCAUUGCCAUUGCCGCCUGAGCCGCCAGGGAAAAAAGGUAAAAAGGGCAAAAAAAAGAAACCGAAGCCAAAAAAGGGUAAAAAAGGCAAAAAAGGAAAAGGUGUAAUCGAACUGCCGCCUCCGGAACCCGCUAUACAAUCAGGACAGUCUGUGCUGUUCUCAAGCAGUGCAGAAGUCUUACUUGAAAGCAUGAGAAAAUCACCAUUAGAGUUAUCCCUAUGGAGCAAGGAGGAAAAUUUAAUUUUUAUAGGAACUACGUGCAUUCCGUGGGAUCCUAUAUUUUUAUUAUAUUUAGAAAAAAUUGUCAAUUGUCAGGAACCGCCGCCAGUGACUUUAAAAGAAGAGUACAAUAUAUUCGAAGAGGGCAGAGCUAGAUUAAUGGCGAAAUUGUCGAUGCAAGUGAAAUUAUCCCACUUAUCUGAUAAAAUCACAACCGCAUUCCGAACACUUUCUGAAGAUCCCGCUAUCAAAAAAUGCCUUUACACUGGAUUUAAUUCCAGAGACACGUCAUACAUGUGCACAUUGAAGACGUCAGAGGAAAUGUAUAUUGAGAACGCAAAUAAGAUUGAAACUCAAUUCAUUGUAGAUAAACCCAAACCGACGAAUGUUGUCUAUGCUGAUUACAAAAAUGCUCCUGGAGCGAAUCUCGCCUUCUUUGACGAGAAGGAUUACUGUUGCCUAAGCCACGCAGAUAAGCCUCCAGAAUCGAAGUACAAAUCGCCGGAGACUUGUCCUGAUAUCGAUUUUAUAAUAGAUUAUGUGAGAAAAAUCAUUGUGUCUUGCAAUGAUAAUAUGAGAAUGCUGACGCCUAGACCGACCAUUAGCCCAAGAUUUAAAGCUACAGAUAUUGAUAGACUUUGUUACUGUCGAGAGACUGCAUGGCCGCAGGGCAAAUUUGCCGAACGCUUCCGGAAUGAAGCACAAAGUGAUCCGUGCCCAAUUUGUAUUGAUGCUGGGAAGAAACCUGAAGGAACUCGUGGCCGGACCUUCGAUAUUGCUAACAUACGUGGCCCUUGUGGUACUCAUGAUUGUAGAAUUGCCAGAGAUUUAAGGGCUUAUAUCGAAUCACUUGUAGCUGAAGACAAUACAGAGUUCAAUCUUGAAGAUCUUAUCGGGCCGUGUGGAAGUAGAGAUUGUACGUUAGCUGACAAGAUUAAAGAAUUUCUUCUGCACGAAGGUGUAUUUACUCAAGGAUCGACCCUUGAAGGUUUAUCUACUCAAUGCACUUGCGUACAAAAAAUGCAACAGGCCCUGGAGAAGAGAUCUUCAUGUGCCUCAAUCUGUACCAAAAAAUGUGAUAAUUCUGACAGCGACACCAGUAUCUGCAGUGGGAAAGGAUGUCCUUACAGAAGCCCGGAAAGGAAGGUGUACGACGUCUAUUAUUUUACUGUGGAAUAUGAUUUUGAAAAAGACCCAUCAAAUCCUGGUAGUGACAAUGAGGGCGCUGCAAGCGACAAAGAAGCACCGGGGAGUGACAAAGCAGCUCCCGGAAGCGAGAAGGGGAGCCCAAGCGUAAAGGGUAGCGCCGCAAGUGGCAAAGGGAGCCCCACAAGCGCCAAGGGAAGCGCUGCGAGUGGCAAAGGAAGCCAUGUAAGCAAAACCGACACUGAAACAAAAUCAACAAAGUCUUCCAAACUCAAAUACUGUGCAGUUGAGUGUCCCAGUAGAAAAGCUUCAGAAAAAACGUCAUGCUCUAAAACAAUGUGCUCCACUGAUCUUGACAAAGACGAAGCUGAUGAUAAAAAAUGUGUAUCACCAGUGUGCCCAAGCAGAUCAUAUGGCCAAUCUCGUAGUCCUCCAGACAGCAACAUCGAAAUUCAGCUUGAUGAAAUUAUAAAUCCAUGUUGCGUUAAGUCCUGUGAUAUAGCUGAGAAAGUUAAGGAGUUUAUAGUAGAGGGCAUAACAAAGAAAACCAAAUGUAACUUGGAAGAAAAAGAUUCGUGCUAUUGCGACUGUGUAUGUACCUUUAAAUUCACUAAAAAGACUACUUAUUGUGCCGUUUGCGGCGGAUACGAGUGUCUCGGAGAUGAUAUGAUCGAUCAGCCGGAAUUCAUAAAGCCUCAUCCUUGUCCGGUAUACCAUAAAUUGUAUGAUAAAACAUUCAUAAGAGUGCAGAGUCCAUGGUCAGACGACGAAGACAAACAAAAUGCUGACAAGCCUAAAGAAAGUGGCAAAAGCUCAAAAGCUGGUUCUAAAGCUGGGGAUAAGAGCACGGACAGAAGAAAUACUUCAACAAAGUUGAAAGGGCUACCUGAGAAGAAGCCACCUGAGAAACCCGAGGUGGCUGAAAAACAUAAGAAACAUAAGCACGAAAAGAAAAAAAUUGGAAAAUUUACCGCAAACGUAGCUGACGAGCCGACCGCGCAAGCGCCUGUAGAGAAGAAACCCGAAACCAAGUACCCCUACCCCCAGGUUCCUAAAACUAUGGGCUGGAAUUGGCAAGCCGAAGACGUGCCCGGAAUGAAGCCUCGACCAAAAUGGAAGCCAGGCGCCGUAAACAAACUCUUAGUUAGAAGGUACAGAGCAACGAGAGAGGGUUUGGAUAGUAUGAACAAAAAGAAGCGAGCUCUGAUGCAAAGAAAGAAGAAAAUAGAAAUGAAACCAACAUUGAUUGUUACAAAGCAAGGGGGAGAAUACACUGUCCAAAUGGAAGUAUUCAAAAAAUAUUCAAAGGAACGACUUUUAUUUCAAUAUCCAUAUGAUGAAAAACCUCCUUUAAUAUAUACAAUAGGAAAAACAGAAGAGGAGCAGAGAAAAAUACAAAGACAACGUGAUAGAAGAGAGCGCCGAGAGACCAGAAGGAAGAGUCGACUGCUGCAGUCCACAUUUAGGGACAGGUGCCAAGAGAUUUGUUUAAAAGCAUACAAUCAAGCUAUAGGUUUAUUACCGUUGCCAAAUCCUAACGACCCGGAUUGCCCUUGUAAUACUAAACCUGAUCCAAGCAUCGAACCUCCUGUAGUAGAUUCUUGCUCCUGCUCCGACGUAGGUACCAUUUCUAGCAGCGACACCGAUAACGAUGAAUGGGUUAUAGAGUUCACCCCACCUGCAGCCAGGUGGGAUGCGAAAGCCAAACAUCCACCUGUGUUGACCGAAAAUGAAACUCAGUACAAUUAUUUAGACUACAAAGUAAGACUGUUUGACAAGUCUGGUAAUCCAGUUCCGAGGUUCUUCAAAGGUCCCGAUGGCAAACAAGAAUGCAGCGAUUUAGGUGGCUUUUGGAGCCAUAAUAAAGCUUGGCUCGAAAUUAAUAAAGAUGGUUAUAUAGGACCUGAUGAUCGAUGGGUACCGAUGAACUUUACCGGCCCUGAUGGACUGUUCUAUUCAGCGGAAGAGGGCACUUUUAUUGAUAAUGUAGGACAGGUUUUAAAAAUAGGUGUCGAUGGAUACAUAGACAAAGAUGGUAAAUGGGCGUGGUAUUCAAAGAAAAAAGGAGCGCGAAGUACAAAGUCUAAAUCUACUGCUACUGCCUCAACAGUUGAUGCAAAGAAAGGAGCAAAAUCUCCUGGAGAUACGUCAACUAGAGGGAAAACAACUGAUGCUGGGUGCAAAGCGGAUGCAGCAUCCGCCAAAAGUAAAGAUAAAAAAAAGACUUCACCAUCUCCGGCAUUAUCCCCUCCAGUUUCAGUAAAAGCUGCUAAACCCAACCAAGAUAAAGCAAAAAAGAAUAUUUCGUACAAUACUGACAAAACAAAAAAUUCAGUAGUCAUGAGCGUUUCAGUUAACUACGACAAAAAUAGAUUACCUCGUCUCUCUCAGAUAGAGGAUAAGCACAAGGUACUCUUGGAUUCUAAGAAAAUAGCCAAGUAUCGCGAAAUUAUUGAAGAACUCAAAGCUUAUGAUGACUUGGGGGAACUGAAGCCUCCCCCUAAGGCUAACAGAGCAUCCAAUACUCCCAGAAAGAAACUAUCCCCCUUUACGAUGCAUGGCAACAUUGGAAAUAAUGAUAGAAAGAUGAGAUCAUUAGCUGCUGUUCGAUCUCUAGGCUUUAGAACUUCAACAACAUCUUCGCGUAACGUUUCACCAAUGACUCGUGACAGAUCAACUGUAGAAAACGAUAUUUAAAUACAAAUUAAUAUACCUUAUAUGUUUUAUUUGUUGAUGCGCUUUGUCAUGUUUGGACCAAAAUGAGAAUUGUUAUUUGUGGACGUAUAGAAAAUAAUGCUGAAGAUUAAUAAAAACUAGUUGUUUGUCCGUCUUAAA